CGGGGCGGAGCCAUCUGACAUGUCAUGCCUGUGUCCUCUUGGGUAGAGUUCGACUUAAGAGAGAUUUUUGGGUUCCCUGGUAAGGUAGGACAGCUGUCUCGAUUAGGUAUGACUCUGCCCUCCGCCCCCCCUGAAGUCCCCUCAGUGUAAAACGGCAGAUGGUCUACUCCAGCGGACACGCUCGCUGUCUGCCGCUGCGGAGUCACCUGGAGAGUGAAGGGCGGCCCGCGCACGCACGCGCAGAGGAGCAGCAUGGGGGCGGGAGCCGCUGAGCCGCUUCCCCGCGCCUGUGAAGAUCAUUGCUAGGAAGAACUCUGGGUACAAUUAUGAACACAAUGUAUGUGAUGAUGGCUCAAAUCUUAAGAUCUCAUCUGAUAAAUGCUUCAGUGAUUCCUAAUAGAAUGAAAAUGCUUCCGUAUCUUGGUGUCAUUAGUAAUAGAAUGAUGUCAACUCAUAAAUCCAAAAAGAAGAUCAGAGAAUAUUAUAGGCUGCUGAAUCUGGAUGAAGGAUGCUCUGCAGAGGAUGUCAGGGAAUCUUUUCGUAAACUUGCCAAGCAAUACCAUCCUGAUGGUGGCUCUAGUACCGCUGAUUCCGCAACAUUUAUAAGGAUUGAAGAAGCUUAUAGGAAAGUGCUUUCCCACGUGAUAGAACAAACAAAUGCCACACAGAAUAAAGUUGAAGAAGCAGAAGAAGAAGAAAAAUUCAAAUAUAAAACACCCCAACACCGGCAUUAUUUAAGUUUUGAAGGUAUUGGUUUUGGAAGUCCCAGUCAACGAGAGAAGCAAUAUAGGCAAUUUAGAGCAGACCGUGCAACUGAGCAAGUGAUGGAAUACCAAAAGCAGAAACUACAAAGCCAGUAUUUUGCUAAUAGUGUAACUGUUAAAGAUGUAAGGCAGAGUAAAGAACGAAAGAUAACUCAAGCAAUAGAGCGAUUAGUGGAGGAUCUCAUUCAAGAAUCAAUGGCAAAAGGAGACUUUGACAAUCUCAGUGGGAAAGGAAGACCUCUAAAAAAAUUUUCUGGCUGUUCAUAUAUUGAUCCCAUGACUCACAACCUGAACAGAAUAUUGAUAGACAAUGGAUACCAACCAGAAUGGAUCCUAAUGCAAAAGGAAAUAAAGGAUACUAUUGAUCAACUCAGAGAGGCAAUUUUAGUGUCUAGGAAAAAACUUGGGAAUCCAAUGACCCUGACUGAACAGAAACAGUGGAACCAAGUUUGUGAGCAGUUUCAAGAAAACAUCAGAAAACUAAACAAGCGCAUUAAUGAUUUUAAUUUAAUUGUUCCCCUCCUGACCAGGCAAAAAGUCCAUUUUGAUGCACAGAAAGAAAUUGCCAGAGCCCAGGAAAUAUAUGAGACCCUUAUAAAAACAAAAGAAGUCACAGAUAAAAACCCAAAUAACAUUGAUCAGGGAGAAGGGGAGAAAACACCUGGAGUCAAGACAGGUUUUUUAAACUGGAUGAAUGUAUGGAAAUUUAUUAAAAUAUGACCAUUUCAGUGUUCGCGGUACUGCCCUAAAUCAUUUUCAGUGGCACUGACAUCACGCAUAGAGGCUGAUUUAUUGCUGUAACACAAGAGAUUGAGAACUGUGUGCCUCUGUACUUUUCAGAAAAUAUAAUCACAUCUCUAUUGAUGUGAAAGUGAGAAAGCUGUUAAGAAACUGAGUCAGAGAAAUGUUCAACCAGCUUUGCUCUGAGGAUAUAGCAAGAAAAGAAGAGAACUUCUAAGAAAACCAUUUAAUCCAUUUUAGAGUUUAAAUGUCAGUCAUCAGGUGAAAUGAAUUAGGACAGGGCCUCAGUCUGGGAAUCAUAAAGGAUAUUGCACAGUCUUAGAGCAGUUUUAAGCUCUAAUAACUUUAAAACAGUUGCUGUUUGCCAUCUUCAAACACAGGUACUUAAACAACAACAAAAACUAAAAAUGUAUUAUCAAGAGUCACACAACUAAAGAAGUAUGAAACGUAGGCAAGUAAACGUCCAAAUGAUGUAUGUUUUUGCAAGUUUCCUGCGUUUGUAUACCUGAAGUUGUUAAAGCUCAAAACUGUUCUAGGACCUUUGGGACACUCUCUACAUGGGUGGAAAUGUUAAGAUCAGGAAAUUAGCCUAAUGGAGCUACUGCACUCUUCUUUUUUUUAUAAAGGCCUUCUCUGUGGGUACUGAAUUAAAGAAACACCAAACAUCUGGGUUGUACUUUUCCUCCCUGACUUCAUGAUCUUUUGGCUGUAGAAAUUGAUCAGCCAAGCUAGUUGAUUUAGCUGUUCUAGAAACAGACCCCAGCGUCCACUUUUAGAGUCUGAGUGUAUUUUCUGACCUUUCAGAGGUGAAAAAAAAAAAUCCUUGGGCUCAGUGGAAACUUAAGACUUCACUUGUGGCUUCAUCUCUAAUCAGAGAUUGAAAUGUUAGGUUUACACGAAUCUACCUGAAGUCUCUAUAUCGUGGAUCAGACUCCCCAGAGGCUUUUUCAGAGAUAUGAAAAUCUCAAUUUACUGUCUUAGGGAUCCAACUUCCUGUCUUAGGAACCCUUUAGAAAACAAAGACAAGAUGUCUGAGUUUUAUGCCCGUUUGCCCCUUCGGCAAAUGACAAGAAAUUGACGUUCAUGAAAUUGUUGUGUCCCAUCCACUUUCAGAAAGUCUGAUUUUUAGGUUUGUGUAAUUGCUUUAGCCACAGAAUUGGGCAACUAGCAGGGUACAGAGGGUAGUCCAAAGGAGCAGGUCUGUUUCCUUAUUUAAUCAAGAGCACUGUGUUAUGGAUGUGGUUCAGAAGCGUGGUGUUUGCCACUCCAGUUUUGGAAGUUAUUUUGUAAAGUGUUCAAUAGUUAAAACAAUAAAUAAAACUACAUCUUCAAAAGGAAAUUUCAAGCCUUUCUGCUUAGAUGAUGGGGCAUCAGUUGGUAUAAUACAUGAUUUGAUUAUUUUAUUGAAUGAGUUAUCAUUUGGCUUCUACAAUGAUCGUUUUACUCUAAACAAAAUUGUGAACAGUAUGAAAUAGAGCUUUAUAAUAAGAGCUAUAGUUCCAAAACAUUUUAGAAGGUGUGAUUCUGGGAGUCUUGUUAAAAAUGGGAAUUAGAGGGGCCGGCCUGGUGGUGUAGUGGUUAAGUUCGCAUGCUCUGCUUCGGUGCCCCGGGGUUCGCAGGUUCGGAUCCCGGACAUGGACCUACACACUGCUUGUCGAGCCAUGCUGUGGCAGAUGUCCCACGUAUAUAAAGUAGAGGAAGAUGGGCAAGGAAGUUAGCCCAGGGCCAGUCCUCCUCAGCAAAAAGAGGAGGAUUGGCAAUAGAUGUUAGCUUAGGGCUGAUCUUCCUCACCGAAAAUAAAUAAAUGAAAAAAAAUGGGAAUUAGAUAUACGAUACCUAACUGGAUUGUAGCAAUAAAUGAAGGAAACCAUUUUCAAUAUUGGAUAAUGGGAAGGUAAAGUUACCAGAAAAUGCUAAUAAAUUCUUAAUUUUAGCACAGCCCACUUAUGUUUGUAAAUGUUGUCUAUACUAAUAAAGUCAAUUAAUAAAGUUAAUUUUAGUGAUUAUUCAA